CUUCCGUGGACGGUCUCGCCUUUUUGCUCCGGGUCCCCGCCUAUUUCCAAACCCCUCAUACAUGGCCGGCCGCUUUCCCAUUUCCCUGUCUGCACCGCGUGGGGGGUUGGGGAGAUUGAGCUCGCAGUGACAGGCUCGGCGCUCCUCUGCCCGUGAGUAAAAUGGCGGCUGCAGCCUCAGCCGCGGUCACGUGGCCCGCCCCGCCCCGCCGUGACGCACGAACGCACGCACGCCCGUUCCGCGAGCGCGGCCCCGACCGGACCCGAGUGAUGGCGGAAAGCGAGGCAGGAUCGGCGGCGGCCACUCCGCCCUCCCAGCCCUCGGAGAGCGACGUGGAGUCUUGGGAAAGCGGCGGUGAGUCGCUGGAAUGUGCCGAGGGAGUGGCGGCCGCAGUGGUGGGCAGGGAGCAGCCGGCUGUGUAUGCGGCGGCCCGGGAGCGGGUGGGCGGCCGCCUGCAGGACAGCAAGAGCCUGGACGGCAUCAGCCAGGUGUUGGGCGGUGUCCGAGGCCGCGACGGCAAACUAGAAGGGCGGAGGGCCACCAUUUCGAGUGCUCUUGAGCUGGAGGGUACGGUCAGCCACGACGGCGACCUCACCCACUAUGUGGCGAACAACUUGCAGCACAAGAUCAAGAUGAGCUCGAGGCAGAGCUUGGAGUCUGGAAGCAGCGUGAAAGCCAAAAGUAUGCAGAGAUUAAAAUCAGAUAUUCCACCAAUUGAUCCUGGGGUACUGCAAGAUUUGGAGAGAGAUGCAAAAGAGGUGGCACAAAAAGUUGAUCAAAUGAUGAGAGGCUUAAAUGCUACUAUCCAGAAUAUGACAGCACUUAGCGUGGGGUAUAUUCAGACUUACCGUGAUUCGGUUGACAGUCUUGGAGAGUCAGUGGAUAUGAGUAUAAAGGGCAUGUACACACUAAUGGCCCGCUGUGAAGAGCUGGACAGAUCAAUGCAGCCCAUUCUGGUUCUAUCUAAACAGAUCCGUGAGGUCAAAAGAACUCUGGAAAUGUUUGAAACACUCUGCAAGUAAAGACCAUUGCUGAUGUUGUUUAAUAAUUGAACUUUAAAAAAAAUACAUUAGCUGCUUUGGACAAUGUCCUGAACUGCAGCACUAGCUAAACAAUCCAGUGUUGAACGUAAGAAGGCAGAAACGGCGUUGAAGAAUAUACCAUCUGAAGUCCCACAGUUAGCAGCACUAGGUGAUAAUGGCAUCUUCGUAUCCAACAAAGACAUUGUUAUGCUGCUGAACAAAACAUCAUGUAUUUGACUUGGAAAAAUUGUUUAAAUCCUUGAACUUUAUGCUGUAACCAGUUAGGAGAUUUGCAUGCAGUCCUUAAGAAUUAUCUGUCAUUCAUUCUUCAAAUUGAAGACCUGUUAUUUUUGGACUUUUAUGAAUUUGGAAACUGGAUUGACCAAUUGACAUUUUCAGAUAGGGAGAGCAUGCCUUGAUUAAUGGUGCAGAUGCAGAGCACUGUCAGUUCACCUGUCUUAUGACUGGGAAGCACAAUCUGGAGAAAAUAUAAUAUUUAUUGUAAAAUGCACUUGAAAUGAAGUUGUGGGGAAAGUAACAGGAGUAUGUAAUAACAGAACUAUAACAAGGCAUGAAAAUAAGUAAUAUCUCUGGCAUAUAUUACCUUGAAAUAUUCUGAAUUACUGAAGUUAGAGUAAAAUUUACAAAAACUAUUUGAAUAUGAGGUGAUGAGCACAUUAUGAUAAAUCAUGUUUAAUUUAAAUUGAAAUCAUUUAAUUUGUUUUAAUUAAAUGAAAUAAGGCAGUAACUUCAUCUGAAAUUUAGAUAUAAAUGUGAAACCUUAAUAUCAAACUAUUUUUGGGUACAAGUGAGUUCCAGUAACCUGAUGGGUUCUCCUGCAUCCAGUAAUUUGACUACAGCAAUGUUGCUAAUUAUUGCACAUAUUUUGGAAAAAGACCUGAAACUUCAUGUGUGAAGCCAAAAUGGUGCAGCACAUCAUGAAUGGUAUUGUAGUUCAGUUAUAGCAUGUUUCCUGAGUCGUAGGAUUGUAGGUUCAAACUAUGUUUCACUAACUUCUGUGCCAAACAGAAAAAUACUGCAGAGACAGAAAUGAUGUCCUUUUGUUGAGAUGUUAAACUUGCACCAAACAUUUUUUGCCUUGUGUGGAUGAAGGCUGAAAUGGCACUUCAAAGAAGAACUGACUUUCCUUUCAGUUGUAGCCAGAUCAUUUGUCCUAGUUAAAUUAUUGUACUACAAAUACUUGGGUGCUUUGGGAUACUUCCAGAAGUGUCAGAUUUCCUCCCACAUCCCAGAACCAACUGGUUGGUAGAUUAAUUACUCACUGUAAAUUAAUUGACUCUGCUGUAAGUGGGUAUUAGGAGAAUGUGGAGGUUGGGGGCUGCUGUGGGACAGCUGAGGGACAAGGGACAUGAGAGAUACAGUGCUGCAGGAAAAUAAGUGAGAGAGUGAAAUUGCUCUGACAGCCUGGCCAAGUAACUUGUGGUAUGUGAAAGUGAAUCAUGCCAUUAUAAACCAUGUUUAUAUCCAGAGUUAAUUACUUAUCUGAAGAGAAGGAAAACAAAAAUGCAAUUAUCCUUACAGUUUUGUUAUAAUUAAUAUUGCACUCUCUACCUGUCUGGAGUUUUUCUGCAGAAUGCAUGUGCUAAUUUUCUUUCUGGACAUAGUCAAGUGAAUCCGCAUGGAACAGUUGCACAAUUCUGCAGGGAUCUGCUUUGCAUUCAGGCUGAGUGAAACCAGUUUUGCUAUCAGUGAAAAUUUGAAUCAGAAUCAGGUUUAAUAUCACUGCCACACAGUAUGUCGUGAAAUUUGUUACUUUGUGGCAGCAGUACAUUGUAGUAAAUAAUAAAAAAUGUAAAGUACAACAAGUAUAUAUAAAAAAUAAAAUUAAGUAAGUAGGGCAAAGAAGGGGAAAAAUACUGGGGUAGUGUUCACGGAUUCAUUGUCCAUUCAGAAAUCUGAUGGCAGAUGGGAAGAAGCUGAUACUGAAACUUGAAUGUCUCUCUUCAGGCUCCAGUACAAAGGUAACAAUAAGAAGAGGGUUUGUUCUGGGUGAUGGAGGUCCUUAAUGUUGGAUGCCACCUUUGUGAGGCAUCACCUUUUGAAAGUGUCCUGGAUGCUGGGGAGCUAGUGCCCAUGAUGGAACAGGGCUGAGUUUACAACUCUCUGCAACUUCCUCCGAUCCUUUGUAUGCCCCAUAACCACCCCACCCCGAGCCCCGUACCAGAUGGUGAUACAACCAGUUAAGAUGCUCUCCACAGUACAUGGGAGCAUCUCGAGAAAUAUACAUGCAUCUUUGGUGACAUACCAGUUCUUCCCAAACUCCUAAUGAAAUUUAGCCACUGUUCUGCCUUCUUCAGAGAUGUUGUCACCCAGGAACUCAAAACAGCUCGUCCUUUCCACUUCUGAUCCUUUGAUGUUACCAAAAUGCAAUCAUAAAAUAUAAAGAUUAUAAAUAUGUUAAAAUUAAUUAGAACAUGUCACUGAUGCUCUGAAGUUUUAUGAUUCAAUUUUGUGCAAGCUCUAUACUGAAUUCAAAUCAGGCUUCUUGCACAAUGUCUUAACAAGUUAUUUUAAUUUUUAAUAUUUGGUUUAUAAGAGAUCCUGUCCAUCUUAACUUGGAGAAACUCCCACAAUACACUCAGAUUAGAAAGUGUUCUUGUAUUAAUAUUUUUCUUUAAGAUAGAAACAUGGAAACCACCCCCCCCCCCCAAAUUCAGCAGAUCUCCUACCUCAUUUGAGUAAGCUUGUUAUUGUCCUUUAAGGCCAUCCCAUCAAGGGUGUAAGUCUUUAUCUUCUUGGGGAAUAAAACCAGUUGAUCUUUCCAAUUUUAAUCCUAACUUUGGUGAAAUAGAGAACAUUGGUUUUAUUUUGGUUAACCCCAUUAUUGCCGCAGAUCAACAAAGUAAUUUAAAGAAGAAUUAUAUAAUUUGAGAAUAAUUAGUGUGCAUCUAUUAGCGAAUUCCAAACUAACAUGGCAAGCAUAGUAAUGAUUUUCUGUAUUUUGACAAUUUAUUUAUUGAAUUUCUUUAAUAGAUAAUGAGAAUCAAAAGUGCUGGUUCUUUUCCCCCCUCAAUGCAAAAUUAUAGAAAUCCUGAAUAUAUUCAGGAGUUCAGGCAGGACCUGAACUUCAUCAAAAUUCUGAAACUCUCACAAAGCCCUGAUGAAAUUGUCUAUGUUAUGAAGCUAGUUGAUCGUUGCUUGUGAUCUCAAAGAGAGCUGCUGCCACUUGCCUAUUUGGAUGAAGGAUUGGACUCCACCCUAAUUAUUUGGGUGGAUAUGUAUGACAUGAAGAAUGGUAAGAUAAUUAAAUUUACAUUGGGAUAAUAACUGAUUCAUUGAAACAGGCACUUUGUCCUACUAAGUCUGUGCCAACCAUCAUCCCUCACUACUAAUACCACUUGCCUUCAUUACUUAGUGCCCUCAUUCAAGUAUCUCCCAGGAUGCAUCUUAAAUAUUGUCACUAUUCCUGCCUCCACUACCUCCUCUGGAAGCUCAAUCCAGAGACCAGCUACUCUUAAAAAAUUUACCCCUCAAGUCUUAAACCUCUUUCUUCUCAGUUUGACCCUAUGCCCUCUAAUUUUAGACAUCCCUACCGUGAGGAACAUUGGUUUCUUUCAUAAUUUUUUUAUAUUACCUCUCAGCUGCUUUUGCUCAAGAGAGAACAGUAUUAUUUAGUCUGACCUGAUAAUCCCUCCCAUCCACGUAGCAUCCUUGUAAAUAUUUCUUGCAUUUCCUCGAGCUUAACCAUGCCCUUCCAAUAGUAUAGUGACCAGCACUACAGAUAGUAGUACCAUGUAUAAACUAACCAAUAUUUUAUGCAACUAAAAUUCAGCUAAUAAAAGCAAGCUUAUCAUACGCUUUCUGGACACCCUGCCCGCCAGUGUUGUGAUUUUCAGGGAGCUAGGUACUUGUACCUUAAGGUCUUACUUUGUUCAGCAAAACUCUUUAGAGCCUUGUUAAAUCAUUACUAUCCUUUCUAUGUCUUGUGCUGGUACAACACUUGUAAUCAUUUUUUAUGAACAUUCUCAAUUUAUGUCAACUUUGAUUUUUUUUACAUAAUCAUCGCUCUCCCUUUGCACUGAGCUUCUGGUAGCACAGUAGUUGGGGACUACUGACUGAUUUUGCCUGAUAAUUUUCAAGCUGGAGAUCUCAAUCGGCUUCUUAAAUUUUUGGCAACCAAGAAUUUCCAACACCAAGAUGAUGAUCGCCAGUUAUGUUUCAUCGUAUGGGAGAUUUAGCUCGUACUGUCCUGAUACUAUGAGAUAUUCCAUUGUAUAAAUGUUACAUUUUUAAAAUGAUUUUGUAAUAUAAAGAUAAAUUAUUCCACUCUG